GGAAUGGGGGGGUGGGGCGGGGCCCCCCACCUUUCUGACACCAGCGCUGCCUUGGUCCCUCCUCCCGAGCCGGGGAUGGUCACAGGUGGUCUCCAGAACGCCUCCCUUGGAGCCAGGACUUUGUGGAUACACACACCCCUCCUUGUCUCUCUUCCCUCUGCACAGCUCCCUCACCCCAAAUGUCCCGGGAGUCCUGUUCUCCAUGUCCCCACUCCACCCUUGUGCACCAGUCAGUGUGUGCUUCUGAACCUGAGCCACCAGAGACCCUGCCGGCUGGGGCAGCACUGGACUCCUCCCUAGCCUAACCCAGGAGCUGCUUCCUCCGUCCUCUCCUCAGCUACCUACUUGGCGGGUGCCAGCUGAGUGGAACCCAGACAGCAUCAGGGACCUGAGGAGAAGGAUAGACAGCCCUAAGAUUUCCUGCCAGAGUGGGUGUGGAAACAUCACUCUACCUUGCAGCUUUUGGAGGAGGAAGAAAGUGAAGUUUUUGUUUUUAUUUUAAAGAACAAAGAAAGUCUACCCCUGCACGGCUGGUGAAGGAUGGGAUCCCAGCCCCUAGUUUUUCCGUGGAGGCAGAGAGGAGAGGCCAGGGUACUGAACCUUGAGGCUAGGUGGCAUUGCAGCAGAGGACCCACUCCCCAGCCCCUCUCGCCCAACCUGGGAGAACUCUGGACAAAUCCUUCCUCCCCAGCCUGUAGGGUCUCUAGCAGCCAAGAAAGGGAAGAGGGCGCUACCUUCCCACACUAACCCUGCUCUUGAUGGUCUCCAGGGUUCACAUCUCCAGGGAGAGGGGCAGCUGGGCAGGGCGGGAGUUCCGGCCCACAAACCCCCUUCCCAUCACCAGCCCGACCAAGCAACCAUGACUGCAGCAGCAGGAGGGGACAGCAUGGUUUCCUCCCCCACCAUGUGACCAACUUGCCUCUCUCUCCCCUCUCUCCUUGCCUCUGCUCCUCCCCACCUCCUCCCUGCCUACCUACCUACCCGGCCCAGUCUUCGUGUGCCCAGGGACACUGCAGAAGGUGCUGGAGCCCACCUCCACACAUGAAUCGGAGCACCAGUCUGGCGCAUGGUGCAAGGACCCACUGCAGGCAGGUGACCGUAUCUACGUUAUGCCCUGGAUCCCCUACCGCACGGACACACUGACCGAGUAUGCUUCCUGGGAGGACUAUGUGGCUGCACGCCACACCACCACGUACAGACUGCCCAACCGUGUAGAUGGCACUGGCUUUGUGGUAUAUGAUGGUGCCGUCUUCUAUAACAAGGAACGUACUCGCAACAUUGUCAAAUAUGACCUGCGGACCCGCAUCAAGAGCGGAGAAACAGUCAUAAACACAGCCAACUACCACGACACCUCACCUUAUCGCUGGGGAGGCAAAACCGACAUUGACCUGGCAGUGGAUGAGAACGGGCUGUGGGUCAUCUAUGCCACCGAGGGGAACAACGGGCGUCUGGUGGUGAGCCAGCUCAACCCCUACACACUGCGUUUCGAGGGCACCUGGGAAACAGGCUAUGACAAGCGCUCAGCCUCCAAUGCCUUCAUGGUGUGUGGUGUCCUCUAUGUGCUGCGCUCUGUUUAUGUGGAUGACGACAGUGAGGCAGCAGGCAACCGCGUGGACUAUGCCUUUAACACCAAUGCAAACCGAGAGGAGCCCGUCAGUCUCGCCUUCCCCAACCCCUACCAGUUUGUAUCUUCUGUUGACUACAAUCCCCGGGACAACCAGCUGUAUGUGUGGAACAACUAUUUCGUGGUGCGCUACAGCCUGGAGUUUGGACCCCCAGAUCCCAGUGCUGGCCCAGCCACUUCCCCACCUCUCAGUACCACCACCACAGCUCGGCCUACGCCCCUCACCAGCACAGCCUCACCUGCAGCCACCACUCCACUCCGCCGGGCGCCCCUCACCACGCACCCAGUAGGUGCCAUCAACCAGCUGGGACCUGACCUGCCUCCAGCCACAGCCCCAGCACCCAGUACCCGGCGGCCUCCAGCCCCCAAUCUGCAUGUGUCCCCUGAGCUCUUCUGUGAACCCCGAGAGGUCCGGCGGGUCCAGUGGCCAGCUACCCAGCAGGGUAUGCUGGUAGAGAGACCUUGCCCCAAGGGAACUCGAGGAAUUGCCUCGUUCCAGUGCCUCCCAGCUCUGGGGCUCUGGAAUCCUCGGGGCCCUGACCUCAGCAACUGCACUUCCCCCUGGGUCAACCAAGUCGCCCAGAAGAUCAAGAGUGGAGAGAAUGCAGCCAACAUUGCUAGUGAGCUGGCCCGCCACACGCGGGGCUCCAUCUAUGCUGGGGACGUGUCCUCAUCGGUGAAGCUGAUGGAGCAACUGCUAGAUAUCCUGGAUGCCCAGCUCCAGGCCCUACGGCCCAUUGAACGAGAGUCAGCUGGCAAGAACUACAAUAAGAUGCACAAGCGAGAGAGAACCUGCAAGGACUAUAUCAAGGCUGUGGUGGAGACAGUGGACAACCUGCUUCGGCCAGAGGCACUUGAGUCAUGGAAAGACAUGAAUGCCACCGAACAGGUCCAUACGGCCACCAUGCUCCUAGAUGUCUUAGAGGAGGGUGCCUUCCUGCUGGCCGACAAUGUCAGAGAACCUGCUCGCUUCUUGGCUGCCAAGCAGAAUGUGGUCCUGGAGGUCACUGUCCUGAGCACAGAGGGUCAAGUGCAGGAGUUGGUGUUCCCCCAGGAGUAUGCCAGUGAGAGCUCCAUUCAGCUGUCCGCCAACACCAUCAAGCAGAACAGCCGCAAUGGUGUGGUGAAGGUUGUCUUCAUUCUCUACAACAACCUGGGCCUCUUCUUGUCCACGGAGAAUGCCACAGUGAAGCUGGCAGGUGAGGCAGGGACCGGUGGCCCUGGAGGUGCCUCCCUGGUGGUUAACUCACAGGUCAUCGCAGCAUCCAUCAAUAAGGAGUCCAGCCGUGUCUUCCUCAUGGACCCUGUCAUCUUUACUGUGGCCCACUUGGAGGCCAAGAACCACUUCAAUGCAAACUGCUCCUUCUGGAACUACUCAGAGCGCUCCAUGCUGGGCUACUGGUCAACCCAGGGCUGCCGACUGGUGGAGUCCAAUAAGACCCAUACCACAUGUGCCUGCAGCCACCUCACCAACUUCGCAGUGCUCAUGGCUCACCGAGAGAUCUACCAAGGCCGUAUUAAUGAGCUGUUGCUGUCAGUCAUCACCUGGGUUGGCAUUGUCAUCUCCCUGGUCUGUCUGGCUAUCUGCAUCUCCACCUUCUGCUUCCUGCGGGGCCUGCAGACCGACCGCAACACCAUCCACAAGAACCUGUGCAUCAACCUCUUCCUUGCAGAGCUGCUCUUCCUGGUUGGAAUAGACAAAACUCAGUAUGAGGUCGCCUGCCCUAUCUUUGCGGGCCUGCUGCACUACUUCUUCCUGGCCGCCUUCUCCUGGCUGUGCCUAGAGGGCGUGCACCUCUACCUCCUGCUGGUCGAGGUGUUCGAGAGCGAAUAUUCACGCACCAAGUACUAUUACCUGGGCGGCUACUGCUUCCCAGCCCUGGUGGUAGGCAUCGCAGCCGCCAUUGACUACCGAAGCUACGGCACUGAGAAGGCCUGCUGGCUGAGGGUGGAUAACUAUUUCAUCUGGAGCUUCAUUGGGCCCGUCUCCUUUGUUAUUGUGGUGAACCUGGUGUUCCUCAUGGUGACCCUGCACAAGAUGAUCCGAAGCUCAUCCGUGCUCAAGCCUGACUCCAGCCGCCUUGACAACAUCAAGUCCUGGGCGCUGGGUGCCAUUGCACUGCUCUUCCUGCUGGGCCUCACCUGGGCUUUCGGCCUCCUCUUCAUCAACAAGGAGUCAGUAGUAAUGGCUUACCUCUUCACAACCUUCAACGCCUUCCAGGGGGUCUUCAUCUUUGUCUUUCACUGCGCCUUACAGAAAAAGGUGCACAAGGAGUACAGCAAGUGCCUGCGUCACUCCUACUGCUGCAUUCGCUCCCCACCUGGGGGGGCUCACGGCUCCCUUAAGACCUCAGCCAUGCGAAGUAACACCCGCUACUACACAGGGACCCAGAGCCGAAUCCGGAGGAUGUGGAAUGACACCGUGAGGAAGCAGACAGAGUCGUCCUUUAUGGCAGGGGACAUCAACAGCACCCCCACCCUGAACCGAGGUACCAUGGGGAACCACCUACUGACCAACCCUGUGCUACAGCCCCGUGGGGGCACUAGCCCAUACAAUACACUCAUUGCAGAGUCUGUGGGCUUCAAUCCCUCCUCGCCCCCAGUCUUCAACUCCCCAGGAAGCUACAGGGAACCUAAGCACCCCUUGGGCGGCCGGGAAGCCUGUGGCAUGGACACACUGCCCCUUAAUGGCAACUUCAACAACAGCUACUCCUUGCGAAGUGGUGAUUUCCCUCCGGGGGAUGGGGGUCCUGAGCCACCCCGAGGCCGAAACCUAGCGGAUGCUGCGGCCUUUGAGAAGAUGAUCAUCUCAGAGCUGGUGCACAACAACCUUCGGGGGGCCAGUGGGGGCGCCAAAGGUCCUCCACCAGAGCCUCCUGUGCCACCCGUGCCAGGAGUCAGUGAGGACGAGGCUGGUGGGCCUGGGGGUGCUGACCGGGCUGAGAUUGAACUUCUCUACAAGGCCCUGGAGGAGCCACUGCUGCUGCCCCGGGCCCAGUCGGUGCUGUACCAGAGUGAUCUGGAUGAGUCGGAGAGCUGUACGGCAGAGGAUGGGGCCACCAGCCGGCCCCUCUCCUCCCCUCCCGGCCGGGACUCCCUCUAUGCCAGCGGGGCCAACCUGCGGGACUCGCCCUCCUACCCGGACAGCAGCCCCGAAGGGCCUAAUGAGGCCCUGCCCCCUCCCCCACCUGCUCCCCCUGGGCCCCCAGAAAUCUACUACACCUCUCGCCCGCCGGCCCUGGUGGCUCGGAAUCCCCUACAGGGCUACUACCAGGUGCGGCGGCCCAGCCAUGAGGGCUACCUGGCAGCCCCCAGCCUUGAGGGGCCAGGGCCCGAUGGGGAUGGGCAAAUGCAGUUGGUCACUAGUCUCUGAGGGGCCUCAUGGACCAGAGGCCUGGCCAGGGAGGGAAUCCAGGAGGGGCUCUGGUGGGAGCAGAGACUGAUGGAGGCAGUGGCUGGUGGGCCACUCUCUCCAGGUGCCCCUCUGCCUGUGGGCCCCACAGUCCCCUUGGGGACUAUGACCUGGGCCCCAGGUGCCAGGGUUAGUAGACAGGGUUUCCACCAGCCACAAGCCCCAGCCUCUUUAGGGGAGUGCAUUGAGGAGAAGCCCCCAGGGCCCUAGGAGUGAGGGAGAAGCUGGUAGGUGUGACCAACGUCCAAAGCUCCCUCCCUUUGGAGGGAGAAAGCAAGGGAUAAGGCUUCCCUAGGUGUACAGGGGUGGCCACUUUUGAGGUGGCCGAAGCCUUGCAGGAUACACCCUAUCUGCUGCUCACUCUUCUUCGUCCACCAGAAAGGAGCAGUGGGACAGAUGGACAGGGUCCUUCCAUGCUACAGUUCCUUGCUUCUUGGAGACUGGGCCUUACAUCCUGAGAGAGCCCAGGCCCAGGGGAUGGAUGGGGUUGUGAGGGCUGGUGGUUAAUGGUGGAACUUUCUCUGAAGCUCCUUUCUCCCUUGCUAUUGGUCCCUAUCUCCCGAGCAAGCCUACCCUAAACCCCCAGAGUGCACCCAAUGACCCCCUCCCUUGGGGUGACUCCUGAUGAAGCACAACUCCCCGCAGGGCCCCAACCCACUGCAGUGGCCAUAUUUGGGCAGUUCCCAGUCCUGUGGGCUGGGCUAUCUGGGGAGCAGAUGUGGGGUCUGGGGCUCCCUGAGGAGUGGGUCCUGGGUUUGGAUCUUUCCCUAGGGGGUCCUCUUACCCUUCUCUUCCUCCCCUAUUGCUGUAAAUAUUUCAACAAAAUGGAAAAGGAAAAAAAAAAGACAAAAAAAAGUAAGAAAAUCUCAUCACUUGAAGCCACCGGGCACCUGCAGCCCAGGCCAGCCCGGACUUUCUCCCUCCGGAACAGAGCAGCGGCAGCCCUGGCAGCCAGGACUUCCUGUGUGUACAUCCCAGCCGGGGUGGGCAGCCAUCAGAGCAGCUUUUUACACUCCAGAGACAAAACAAAUCUAGAAGCAACAGCGAAACAAAGAACCUGUCCUUCCCAGCACCGGUCCUUUCACCUCUGCUCUGUCCUCUCUGCAUCAGUCAGCCCUCCUGGGGCGUGUACCUCACUGCCUGCCCCAGGGCCAGAGGCCUGUCUCCCCUGCCCACUGGCCAGGAGACAUCUUCACACCCAAAGAUGUUUUUGCCAAGAUGGCUGCACUACCCCCUUUGAGUUCCUGCUUCUUGUAUAUCACUUCGGGACUCAUGACAGGCAGGAGGAGGCUGGUGUCCCAUCCUGAAAAGGGCAAGGGAACGAGGAGGUCAGAGAGUGGGUCCUGGGGCUGAGGGUGGGAUGGCAGUAGUGAUGUCAUUUCAGGGGUGGGGGACAAAGGUGAGAGAUCGCUUUUCUUAACCCGCCCCUACCCCCAAGCCCUCAGGCAGGUGUAGGGUGUCUGCUAAGCACCUCCAACCCAGCCUGCCCUCCCCCCAGUUUUUUGGGGGUAGAAUUAUCCUGUUGCCAUCUUCCAGAGGUGACAGUGCACCUCUGCUGACUUCAUCCUGUCUCUUCCCUGCCUCCUUCCUCACAAGUGCCAUGAGUUUUCAAGCAUCCUCGGGUCUCAGCUUGCUGCUGCCAUGAGCUUCUUUGGGUUAUGGGGGAAGGGACUCUAGGAAGGAGCUGAGGAGGUGGUGGGUGGGUGGCUGGAAGGACCCUUUUUGCUGCUAGAAAGCCCUCUCCCUUCUAAGGAGCUGGGACUGGUUUGUCCCCAAUCAAUGAGGGGGAAAGGGGCCAGACCAAAGAUAAUGGUUUGCCCCAUGGAGGGGAACAGUGUGAAAGGCAGGGUUUAUUCCAUCUCAGUUUUCCUGGUAAUGUUUAGCCUACCUUGCCAGAAGAAUAAGAGUGAAGUCUAAAUAGGGAAGAGGACACAGGAUGGGGACAGUCUGGCCAGGCGGGUGUGAAGAGUGUGUGGACUGGCUCAGCCCUGCCUAACUUCACUGGGUCUGGACCUUGGAGUGGCUGUCUGGAGUGGCUGUCCUAGGAGCCAGAGGAGUUGACUCAGCCCAGGCUGAGGCCAUCAGACACUAAUAAAGUGGAAGGUGUUGGGGGAAGAGCUCCUCGGGGAUUGGCAGACACAGGAGUCCUGUGCCCUCUCCCUAUACAGACCCUCUCCAAAGGUGGGCUAUGGAGGGUAGCAUGUAGUGUGGUAGGGCCUGUGGCUCCUGCUCUGGCUGGAAUUACUAGCACAGGGAGUCACUCACUCCCAGGCCUCAGAGCUACAUGGCAGGUCCCCAAGUGCGGCUGGAUCCACUACAAUCCAGCGUAAAGCCACCCAGAGAGCCCAGGUGUCCCCUACUUUAACCAGACCUGGUGCCUUGACGCCCCCACCCCAGCGGGGACGGUACAGAGAAGGGUCUUGGUCUCCUCCUCCCUUCCUCGGGCUCCUGAAUUCAUUUGCUCCUAAACCUUGCUCAUUCUUUUUCUCCAGGUUUUUCUUUUGGGUUUUCCUAGCUAUCCGACUUCUUUCUUUGUGUCCUUGUUUGCCGUCUCAGUGUUCCUCUCUCAUUCUCAAUUUCUUAGUCCAUUUGGGCCUCCUCCCUGCCCCCACACCCUACUCCCUCCCCUCCUUGGUCUCCUUUUCGAUAUGCCAAACCAAUUUUGGGUCGAGUGCAUUUAACGAGAAUAAAACAAAAGGCUCAUAAGAACGUUUCAGAAAAAAACAAAAAGUUUUAAAAAAAUGUUGAGUCAAAAAGUCAAACAAUAAAGAAAUUAAGAUUUCUUGAAA